CAGCAGCUGCCCGAUUCUCUCUCUCACUCUGCCUGCCGACCAUUCCACUUCCACUAGCAGUUAUCUGCCCUCAGUCCCUGAAAAACUCAAACAUGGCAGAGAAGGCAAACGGACAGGAGAAACCUACCAACAAUCAGGAGAAUAAAGAGAAUGGAGAGAAUGGAGCGAAUGGAGCGAACCAGGAGAACUCGGAGAACCAAGUGGAGCCGAUGGAGUUGCCUCCUUUUGAAAUCAUCUCUGGAGAUCGAUUGUCACCCUUUUUCUUCAAGUUUCAAUUUAAAAAUGUGGAGUACUCAUCUGGGCGCAACAAGACCUUCCUGUGCUACUCGGUUGAGAUUCAUAGCGAAGAGGUGGAGACUUUUCAGGGCUACCUGGAAGAUGAACACAUCUCAAUGCAUGCUGAAGAGGCCUUCUUCAGAGAUAUACUACCAGAAUGCAAUCCAGAGAUCCGCUACCACGUCACCUGGUAUAUGUCCUCCAGCCCCUGUUCUGCCUGCGCUGCCAAGGUCGCUGAAGCCUUAAAAAGCCGGAAAAACAUGCGUCUUACCAUUAUGGUAGCCCGACUCUUCAUGUGGGAAGAACCAGAGAUUCAAGAUGGGCUUCAGUUGCUAAAGGCAUCAGGCUGCAAACUAAAGAUUAUGAAGCCUUCUGACUUCGUCUACACAUGGAACACGUUUGUGGAGCCUGAGGGGCAGACCUUUACUCCCUGGGAAGAUGUGCAGGAGAACUAUGAGUAUUAUGAAAAGAUACUCGACGAGAUCUUACAUUAAACAAGCUGUAAUGAUCCCAGACCUCCAGUGACUUCUGACCCCACAACCCACUGAAUUGGAAAGGAAACACAAAAACAGCACUGUGCCAUUAUUCUGACUCGGCCCCUGUUAAUGUGACUGUCUCACAGAUGGGAUACAAGCUACCAGCCAGCUCUGCCACCCAUUUAUGUUCAUCAUGGCACAGUUUUUCUUGUGCAACAAGUCAGCGCCUCCUCUAUACUACACGUAUUUACUAUUUUACAGAUGGUCUCAUCCAAAGCGUCUUAUAGCGUACACCUCUAUUUUUGAGUUGUCAGGGUGUGUGCCACCUGCAAAUCAGGACAGUUUACCAGUGAAGGGACGAUUCUAUGUUUUCUUUCAGUCAGACAUGCCUUGCACAGGCCAUUGUGUUCCUGUAAACCCUUCUGUAUAACAUAUUUUAAGGCACGCAUGCUUCAGGACUGUGAAGCUGGCAGAACAUUAAAUUGUAAAUGAGGCUUGUGGCUUCAACCAAACAAAAAAAUAAAAGUGACCUAUUUUGCUAGAAUCAAGUCUUUAGCAAUAUAAAGCAAUGUUUUUAUGUUAAAGCUAAUAAAUGACAUUUUUUUCCUUUGUGUGUCCACGCCUAAAAAAGUACAUUUUCAUUGUAUUUUGUUAAUGUUCCAAGAAAAAAGGCAACAUUUUCAAAUUGUUUAUAACAAGAAAAGGAUAACCUCUUCCUAUCUGUGUCUACAGAAAUGAAAAGGAUGACAUUUUGCGCUUUGUGUUUCUAUGACAAUAAAAAGGACUACACAAUCC